AUAAUAAGGAAUAAAGAUAACGAAAGCGAUCAAAAUAAUGACGAUGAAUUAUUAAGCAAUAUAUUUAAUAAUACAUCAUUUGUAAAUGAUAGAAGUUCAAAUUUUAAAAAAGAGGAAACUUUAAUGAAAAGGCAAUUACAAUAUAAAUCAUUAAAGUCAAAUGAACACGAAAAGAGAAUUCAAUAUUUUUUAGAUAGGCAAAAAGAAAAAAGAAGAAGUUUAUUAGUACAUGUUAGAAAUUUAAUAUCUCUACCAUCUUUACAACAACAUAAUUAUCAACAAGAAAAUGAAGAAAAUAAAGAAAUAAAUGGUAGUAGUAGCGAUAUCUUAAUGGAAGAUGAAGAAGGUAAUAAUAUUGAAGAUAAUAGUAUAGAUAAUAGUAUAGAUAAUAGUAUAGAUAAUAGUAUAGAUAAUAUAAAUAACAAUCAAGAUGAAAUUAUAAAAUCAUCAUUAAAAAAAGAAAAUAAAAAUAAAAAAAAGAACAAGUUUAAAGAAAUUAGUAGAAAACAAAAGGAAGAAAAGAAAAAUAAGCAAGUAUUAUUAUAUUCAAAUCAUUUAAUGCUGGCUGAAGGUAUGACAUUUAUUCCAAAUAAUUUGGAGAGAGAAUGGUAUUGUGUUCCUGUCCCCUUAGGUUAUAGAUGUCUAGUUAUUUCUCAAAAUGAUACCACAGUUGUAAGAUGUGAGAAUGGUGAAAUUCUUUUUCAAUUUAGAAGCCUUUUACCUUUUGGAAGCGAAAAAUCGAGAGAACAUGCAAACCCCGCCAAUCAAUAUUGUAUUUUAGAUUGUAUUUACGAAGAAGCAACUGGCACAUUUUAUAUUUUAGAUAUCUUGGCAUGGAAAGGUUAUAUUUUAUACGAUUGCGAAACCGAGUUUAGGUUCUUUUGGAGAGACUCUAAAAUUUCUGAAAAUAUUGCCAUCACAAAAUAUUCAUCAUUAAACAGUAAUUACAGAUUUAUAGCUCCACCAUAUUUUACUUCAAACAAUGAUUCAUUUGAACAAAUCAAAUUUGACAAAUUAUUAAAACAACAACAAGGAGAAGAAGAUAAAGAAAUGGAAAAAGAGGAGGAGCAACAUACUCAUCAAAUUUUAGAAUAUAAUUCAGAGUUUUUAUUGUUUUAUCAUAAAAACUCGCAUUAUGAAUUUGGUACAACCCCUUUAUUUUGUUCAUUAUCAAUAGAUUAUAUAGAUAUGUUAAUUCAACACCUCAACUAUAAAAACGAAUUAAAAGAAAAAGAAUUUGAUGAUGAAGAAGAUGAAGAAGAUUAA